AUGAUUUUUUUUAAGUGUCAAUAUAGAACCAAAGAGAGUCUGUUUGCUUCUGUCUCCUCAUAUAGUUUUUUUUGCUUUCACCUUUCCUAUCUUUUUAUUCACAUCCAUAUCUCCCUUUCUUUCUUUCUUUCUUUCUUUCUUUCUUUCUUUCUUUCUCAACCCUCCAAUUCAAUUCUUUGUGCGUUUCUCUCCCCUUUCUCUUUUUCUAUCUUCUUUUUUCUUACCUCUCCAUUUUUCUUCUUUAUUUACUGUCUGCUCUUUCAAUGUCUUGUAUGUUUCUUUCUCUCUCCCCUCUCUCUUUAUCUCCUUUACUUCAUCAGUUCCCCCACUUUUAUACACAUUUUAUAUUAUGCAUGCCUUAAAAUUGUACCCAGAAACCUGCCUCAAAAAGAACGCUUUGAGAUUCUCCGUUCAUUUUACAAGCAUACAAUUGGGACAUAUUUUGCUUCAACCAUAGAAGCAAGUGACAGAGAACCGUCCAAGUUGAGUCACACACCUGUUGAGACCUACAUAACAAGUGACACUCAUAAAUGUUAUGCUCUUCAGUCAGGUCCAAACCAUUUCUUCGUUUUGUAUAAUGCAAAUAUUCCAACUUUUGCUAUGAGGAAUGUCACGCAUAAAAUGUUGGCAUCACUACUCAAAGACAAGUUCAUUCAACUUUAA